CUGUCGGGCGAGCUAGUGCAGUCAGUUAACCAGAUUAAGAACGAUAGGGACUGGGGGACAAAAUGGACUUUUCGAAGGGAUUCAUUUGAGGACUUAUAAAGCCACCGCAUAGCUUCUCAAUGAGUUAUUUUACGACGACAAAGUUGGAGUCCAGAUACGGUCACAGUGCUCCGACCAUUACUUAUUUAUUUUAUUUAUUGGGAAUAAUUCACUUAUUAACCAGUGACCCAGGCGGACAAACUGUAAUGGCAUACCUGGAUCACAUAGCAGUUCAGCUGUGUAUUUUUGUCACCAGUAUUUUUCUGAUCCGGACUACCACGACGCAAAUGAUCGCAGGCUCCAGUUUAGCGUGCGAGAAUGAAGGAGAAGAAGUCAUAGUAAAAGGAAUUUCUACGGACCCGUGCAUCAAAUGCGUGUGUAAGGGUGGUAAAGUGGAAUGCGACAGAGAGAGAUGUCCCACUAACACGGGCUGCUACAUGGUUCUGUUCGACAAGCCCAAGGACCAGUGCUGUAAUCUUUGCAAAGGAUGCACGUACAAAGGAAAAGAGUACCGGAGUGCCAAGGAAUGGAAGGAUCCGGCAGAUCCGUGCCAAGUAUACCACUGUUCUGCGGGAGUAGUGACAGCCACAAGAAGACAGUGUUAUGCGCCGUGUUCAAACCCAGUCCCAGUACCAGGGAAAUGUUGUCCCCAGUGCAACGGAUGCAGCGUGGAAGGGAAGAUGUAUAGAAAUGGGCAGAGUUUUUCUCUGAAAUCCGACCCAUGUACACAAUGUACCUGCAAGAAAGGAAAUGUUCAAUGCAGUAAACGUGCAUGUCCAGUUUUAAACUGUCCACCUGAGGUCAUUUACACACCAAAAGGAACAUGCUGCCCACGCUGUAAUGGUUCAAGGACGUUUUUCGACUUGGGGAAGACGCGCUGUUUAUUCAGAUACAAGGUGUACAAGGAGGGCCAGUACAUGCCGCUGGAUAAGUGCACGGGUUGUACUUGCAAGACUGGAACUAUGGUGUGUGAGAGCGAGACUUGUCCACCACUCACGUGCGCCGAGGACGAGAUUAUUCGAGAUGAGGGAUCCUGCUGUGCAAGGUGUAAACCCAAGAAAAAGUGCGAAUACAAUGGUGUUCUUCACGAGCAUCGAGCAACAUGGAAGCCAGAUCUCUGCACCACCUGCACCUGUGACAAUGGUUCCAGCAAGUGCGAGCUAGAACAGUGCAGCAACCGACUGGAGUGUCCCCCCAACCACCGCCUCCAGAUGGUGUAUGGACAGUGCUGCCCAAAAUGUGUAGAAGAAGAUGCAGUGUGCGCUGUCUUCGGGGACCCCCACUAUCGCACCUUCGACGGGCGAAUUUUCAACUUCCAAGGCACGUGUCGCUACGUGUUGGCCCAGGACUGUGCAAAUAACUCCUUCUCCGUCCGCGUGCAAAACCACGCCCGAUCCACCCACUCUUUCGCAUGGACAAACCGAGUCAGCAUCCACCUGGGAAAAACAAAAAUAGUGCUCCAGCAGAAUUUAGUCAUUAAAGUGGACAAUAAAAAAGUGGACAUUCCGCAUGUGAAGCUGGGGGCGUUCUCUGUAAUGAAGAGCGGAUAUUCCGUCAUUGUACGGACUAAUGUUGGACUCAAAGUGAUUUGGGAUGGCGACAGUUACGUCGAGGUCGCAGUUCCGGCGAAAUACAAAAGUAAAAUGUGUGGACUGUGUGGAAAUUACAACGGGAUCGAAGCAGAUGAUUUCAAGGGUAAGAAAGGAGGACUCUAUCUAAAUGCGGAUAAAUUUGGAAACUCCUGGCGCAUAGGCAGCAGAAAAUCUUGUUACAAAUCACACGCAAAGAAAAGAUCAAGAGGCAAGAAGAACAGAUACGAUACAUCGUGUAACAACGAUUUCACGAAGAAAACCAGAGCCGCCGAAGAAUGCAGCAUUCUUAAGGGACAAGUGUUCUCCCAAUGCCGUUCUAAGGUGCCAGUGAAGCAUUAUUACAGGUCGUGUAUUACAGACAUGUGUGAGUGUCCCAGUUCUCGACAGAAUUGCGUGUGUGAAUCUCUGAAAGCGUACGCUCGUGAGUGUGAGCGCAAGGGCGUUAAGAUUGACUAUAGUCAAACAACGUGCAAGGGAUCCCGGUGACGUAACUCAACCGUCUUUUCGCCAUUGGAAUAUUAAAGUAUUUUCCGACCUCGUGGUGCUGUGAUGUGACGUCAGAGACCUGUGAUAUUUCCUACCUCACCGUAAUCUCAUGACCACAGCGAUGAUAUAUUACCUGGUGCUUCCCUGUCCACGCCUUUCGUGUUAUUCUUAAGAAAAACCUUGCAUUGCGUCAGUGGGAAUAACUAAGAACAAUUAAAACGUCGCUUCAGGAAAAUAACUUUAUUCCCAGUUUUCAGACAAUCUUGUGCUAAAGUAGAAACCAUAGUUGGUGCUAAGCAGUAAUUUUAUGCCCUGUUGUUGAAAGAAAAUAUGUUUUAUUUUAUACUUAAUAGUCGUUAGGAUUCAAUCAACGUCGCCAAUGACACAUCUUCUGAGAAGAUGUAGUGUCACAACCGGUAUUGUGUUGCUUGUCUCAGCAACUGCAAUCCGCAUCAAUGCAGCUUAACUUGAAAAAUACUCAAUUUAAAGUCAGUAAGUCUUGCCUAGUAUAGCUAAUAUGAUAUUGUAUUGCUACUGAAAUCUGAGAUUUUAUCAGCAUUAAUUUUUCCUGUAAAAUUUUGUUUUAUUAGGAGUGUCUCCUGUUUUAUAUAUAUAUAUGAGACUCAUUACCACAUGUACAUGGAUACACUUUCAGGUCUGUCUAUCAAAUGGAUUUAGAGACUUGGUUUAAUUAUUUUUCAUAUUUAUCUACAAACAAUUAUAUAUAUUGGGUGAUAGUCUUUUAUAAUUGGAAUUACGGAUUUGUCUGGCAGGUUUUGAUUUAUAUUUAGAUGUCAGAAACAAUUUUGCUGUUUGUCAAAGAAAAAAGUUCUAUGAUAAAAAUACACUACAUGUAUUGCUUUUUUAUUUAACUUUUAAGAACUGAUCAUAUUACUUUUAAUACAUGUUCUGAGAAGGCCAAAUGUCUUUUUAGAAAUAUACAAUAUACUGUACAGUGAUCCCCUCCUCACUCUCUCUCAACAUCUUAACAAUACUGUAAGUAGUACAUAGAUCACAAGAAUAUUAAUUUUGAUUCUAAAUUAUUUUUAUUCAUGAAACAAUGCAUUGUAAAUACUUAUUAUGUUUUUCACCACUACAUAAAUAAAUAUAUAUCCUUUUACCAUAUAUUACUAUUUAUGGCAAAUUUGUACAUGCCACCUAAGUAUAUAAUAUAUAUUAUAUAUUAUACAUUCUUCUAUAUUUAUGAGCAAUUUGUAAAUAAAAAAAGUCAGCAAAUCCUAGAUAUAUAUUAUAUGUAAGAUUAUCUGUAUUUAUGAUCCACCUGUACAUAUCACUUACCUUUUGUAAAUGUAUAAAUAUACAAAUAUAUUCCUUAAGCUAUGUAUUACCCUUGUAAUUUAUUCACUCAGUGCAGCAUAUUUUACUCUUCAAGUUCUAAGCAUUGGAUAUUAGAAUUGGUGACUAUAUAUGAAAAUACUUUAAGUCAUUCACUAUUCAUGUCAUUCAUUUUUAUAAUUGAGAAUUUACACAAUGAUGUAUUUUGAGAACUGAAGAUCACUGUUUACGGAAUUAUAUAAAAAUAAAAGCAA